AUGGGCGAGGACGUAUUCGUGGUAGAGAAGAUUCUUGGUCACAUGGUCGAUAAGGAGGGUGCGAUAUCGUUCAAGGUCAAGUGGGAGGGCUACGAGAAGAAGGCUGAUCAGACUUGGGAACCCGAGGAUAGUCUCAGAGAAGGAGCGGCUGAGCUUCUCGAAGAAUAUCUCGCCGCACGAGGGGGCCUCGAGGCUAUUUUUGAAGAGACCAACGAAGCUGUCAAGACAAAGAAGCGCGGCAGGAAAUCGACGGGGACCACGCCUGCCACUGAGCCUACCAGCAAGAAGUCGAAGCGCAACGGCCACCCCGCCGAGACGACUCCGCCAGCAGCUGUGGCCAAGGCUGUGGCGUGGCAGCCCCCGCGGGAUCCUGGGAGGACCAUAUCGAAGCGAUCGACGCCUGUGAAGAUGAGUCCACCGCGCUGUCCGCAAAAGAUGCUCCGCUUCUACGAGAAUCAUGUUCGGAUCGUCAAGCAUGAGACGGCGGAGGGUGCGGAUGUGGGCUCCAUGGAUGCCGCGGUAAAGCAAACGAGCGCUUAG